AUGCAACAACUCCAAUCUGCCAUCCUCUUUUUGCUGUCCGUCGACAUCGACCUGCCUCCAACAACUACCACCACUUCCUCGAAAGUCACAGACACCGCAUCCUCAACCGAUGGUGUCCAGCCGACCAUCAUAACGGCAUCUGAUCCAGCAGAUCCGUCAGCCUCCGGUGCUGCUUCUAGCUGUCAUGGGACUACAGCUGCUAUGACGAACGCAUGCCCUUCUUUCCCAACGAAAGCGAUCAUUGCCGGCUUCUUCCCGGGCGCCGCCUUCGGGGCCGUCCUCGCACUGUUAGCAAUGUUCCUCAUGAGGCGACGAAAGAAUAACCUACCCCCUUCUGUGAAGAUCGCACAGCACACUCAAAGAACAUCAAGCGGAACACUCAUUGGCAUCUCCGACCCUAUUCCCUCCGAAGAGAACGCCUACCGAACCGACUUCCUUCUACGAAGAUCCCUGAAACGCAAUUCGGAAGGCGCACGCUCAAUGCUCCAACGCACAGGAACCCGCGUCAAGAGCCUGUUCGGCUCAACACCCAAGCCGAGCCAGAUGGCAUCCAAGCCGCCUCCGUUGCCGUUGACCCCUCCACAGCAGGUUCGCAUGCCUAGUACGGAGAGUAUCAAGGUCUAUACGCCGCCGGGGACGUUCGCCUCGACGGGUGUUCUCAAGCCAGAGCCGUACCCAACUAUUGUCGUGGGGAACGGUGCAAGCUUCACCGAGAUGAUUGAUCAGGUAGGGUUUAAGAAUAGCAAGGGUGAUCCGAGCUACAGCGUCAAUGAGACCCCUAGGUCAAGGAGCAAAAGCCCUCUCCGUCGCCUUUGUUGA